AUGCCCGGUAAGAAAGAUGGCAUAGAAAUCGAGAUCAAGAGUGCAGACUCGUCGUCUCAAUCAUCUUUUGAAUCGUUUGAGAACAUUCUGAAUUUCCGGGAUGUGGGGAAGACUAUCAAUGACUUCCUUGGCAAGAAAUAUGUGGCCGAGGGGAAAAUAUUUCGUUCCGCGCGUCCCGACGAUGCGACAAUAUCAGACCGGAAGCAAUUGCAUGAGGAAUUUGGUAUCAAGACUAUUGUCGACCUACGUACAUCCACCGAACACGCUAAUCGAAAAAAGAAACGCUUAAUAGAGUCCAAAUCAACAAUAGAAGAGCCAUCCCAGCUGCAGGGCAUGAACCAUGUUUUUAUCAACAUCAAUGGCCGGCGCUUCGAGCGCAGUCUCCUCUGGCAGCUAUCCUUCUGGAAUUUCAUAAAGCUUAUCGUACUAAUGCUCUUCGGUUAUCGUAUGGAAGCAAUUCGCAUCAUUGGCAGCCAGGUCAUGCAACCCCGCGGGCUCAUCGGCCUAGGUUUCGAUACCAUUGACCACUGCGGUUCUGAAAUUGCAGAAACUCUAAGUGCUUUUGCCAACCCGAAAAACCACCCCAUCCUUGUCCAUUGCACCCAAGGCAAAGACCGUACCGGCCUCAUUGUCGCCAUCAUUCUUCUCCUGCUCCAAGUACCCAUUGCGGCCAUCUCGCACGACUACAUCCUGAGCGAAGAAGAACUGCUUCCCGAGCAUGAGAGCCGGAUGGUGGAAAUUAAGUCUAUUGGCCUGUCCGAAGAUUUUGCCGGUUGUCCGCCGCGCUGGAUAGAGGCAAUGGCAAACUAUUUGACGAAUAAUUACGGGGGUGUUAGGGAGUAUUGCAGACGUAUUGGUUUUAAGGAUGUAGAUGAGGAGAAGUUGAUCGAGUUGUUCAGGGGACCUGGUGUGUGUCCAUUAACACCAGGCGAGCUUAGUUGGAAGUGGAACGCAUAA